AAGUUGCUGAUAAUCCAAAUAAUUCUAACCUCACUAAUUGUUUGUUGUCAUUAAUCAAUCGGUUCUCGAUAAUUAUUAAAAUCCCAUAAAUGUUGUGUCGGCACUCGGUGUAACGAGGGGCAGUCGAUUAUUAUUGGGUACAAAUUUGUCAUCCCAAAAUGUCUGUUUUCUUCGUUAAUGCGAAUCAGGACAGCGAAGUGGAAGAUCCGGUGGAUUCAAAUGGAGAUCUCCAGAUCGCAUCACCUGGAAGCUCAGAAGCACAACAGGCGCUUCUCACCUUCUGGCCGAAAAUAACGGAGGAAAUCAAGAAAAUUGCGACAGUUAGUUCGAUGGACCUGAAGACACAAUCCCUCCCCCUGGCAAGGAUAAAAAAGAUAAUGAAGCUGGACGGUGACGUGAAGAUGAUAAGUGCCGAGGCCCCGAUGUUAUUCUCAAAAGCAGCGGAGAUAUUCAUCCACGAGUUGACACUGAGGGCGUGGGUACACACCGAGGACAACAAACGAAGAACACUCCAGCGUAAUGACAUUGCAAUGGCGAUAACAAAGUACGAUCAAUUUGAUUUUCUCAUCGACAUCGUCCCCAGAGACGAAUUGAAGCAGAGUAAAGCCCAAUCCGAUGGUGUACGCACAGUAAUGAAUUCAGAUCAGGUUCACUAUUACUUCCAACUGGCCCAACAGCAAGCAUCUGCCAAUCAGACUGUCCAGAACAAUGGCGCAACACAGCCCAUACAGAUUGUUCAACCAAAUGCUGGACAGAUACAAACGAUAAAUAUUGGCAGUCCUGUUGAUCAAGAGUCGACGAAUACGAGUACAACUCAGACUGUCACUGUUCAGAGCCCUCAACAGGCAGGUGGACAGCAAGUUAUUCAACUUCAACAGCCCCAACAAACAUCACCUCAAACUGGGGGCAUUCAAAUUGUACAGCAAAUCGUUACACCUAAUGGCGAUAUUCAACAAAUACCUAUUCAAUUAACCCCACAACAACUGCAGAUGAUUCGAAUGCAAGUGCAAGGUGGUAGCAAUCAACCGAUAAUAAUUCAAGCUGCUCCCAUUCAAGCCCAGCCACAAAUAAUUCAAGUGGCCCAGAGUGGUCAGACUCCAGUGUACCUUCAAACCAGUGGAACCGAUAACGAAUAACCCCUCCCCCAGGCUAAAUCCAUGCUUUACCUCUAGAUUAAAUGUAUAAACCUUUGAUUAAUUAAUACGACUAGAUGUUAAAUAGGUAUUGAACGUCAUUGUAAGAUUUACUUAAAAGAACGAAUGAAGAUAUCAUUUUUUCUAAUCAAC